AUGUAUCUUUCACUGAGCGUUCUGUCCGUAUCCCUCCUAGCAGCACAAACCGCUCUAGGAAAACUGUACACGGAGCCAAGUCAAUUGAGAAGCACAACCUACGAUUACGUUAUUGUUGGAGCUGGAACCGCCGGCAGCGUGCUCGCGAACCGCCUCACAGAAGAUCAAAAGAUCAGGGUUCUCGUCGUCGAGGCUGGGAGAAGCAAUAACGGCAGUGAUGUAGCGAACAUUCGUAUCCCCUUCAAUGCACCAUUAGCCUCGCCAGGUACUCCCUUUGACUGGAACUUCACCACCGUCAAUCAGCCUAGCCUGAAUAACCUACCUGAGCCCUAUCCACGAGGGAAGGUCUUGGGUGGAAGUAGCUCCACCAAUUAUUUGGUGUACACUCGCGGAGCAUCUGAUGAUUAUGACCGACUUGCUAAGAUUGCCGGCGAUGAUGGCUGGACAUGGGACAAUCUACAUCCGUACAUUUUGAAGCACAGCAGCAUUGUACCGCCAGCAGAUGGUCACAACACAACCGGGCAGUUCGAUCCUGCUUGGCACGGGAAUGGGCCACUGCGAACUUCGCUUGCUGGCUUCCCCGCAGUCAUUGAUCCACUUGUCAUACAAACGACACAAGUCCUUUCGGACGAGUUCCCUUUUAACCUUGACGUCAACUCAGGGAAUCCUCUUGGAAUCGGCUGGACUCAAUCCACCAUCGCCAAUGGGACGCGCCAAAGUUCAGCGGUCGCGUACCUCGGCCCCGUACUUUUUAGAUCGAACUUGGACGUCUUGAUCAACACCCAAGUUACUCGCCUCAUCCAAACCGGGCAUGCUGGUGGAAAGCCCGAUUUCCGUAGCAUCGAGUUCGCUCAGAAUGCGAAGUCCCGACGCUUCCGUGCUACCGCCCGCCGAGAGGUCAUUUUGUCAUCGGGCGCCGUUGGGACGCCUCAACUCCUGAUGUUGAGCGGAAUCGGUGAUCGCAAGGCCCUAUCGAAGGUGGGAAUCAAGGCCAUUGUGAACAACCCCGACGUCGGCGAACACCUUCAGGAUCACCCAUUCCUUCCCCUCCAAUGGGAGGUUAACAGCAAUGAGACAUUCGACCAAAUUUUCUAUAAUCCCGAUCUAGCUGCUGCCGUUCUUGACCAAUGGAAUCGCAAUCAUACCGGUCCCCUUGCCACCAAUCCCGUCACCAACCAACUAGGCUUCCUCCGCAUCCCCAAGAACCAUUCCAUAUGGGAACAAUUCGAAGACCCGUCUUCCGGACCACAUGCCCCACACUACGAGAUUGCAUUUGGCAAUUCUUUUGUUACGACCUCGGCGCAGGAUCUGCCUACUAGUGGAGGUUUCCUCUCAAUCACGCCUAUCGUUGUGUCGCCAACGUCGCGUGGCUACGUGAGGCUCAACACCAGUAACCCAUUUGACCAGCCGUUGAUUGAUCCUGCUUUCCUGUCUACGGACUACGACGUGGCUGUCAUGGUAGAGGCUGUGAAAGCGUCUCAAAGAUAUGUCGCUGCAUCCCCAUGGAAGGACUACAUCAUCCGCCCUUUCAUCGACUCGGCCAAUACUACCACUGUCGAGGGUAUCGUGGAAUACAGCCGACAACGCACGGCUACAACCCGCCACCCGACCGGUACUGCUCAGGUCGGCAAAGUUGUUAACGGUGACUUGACCAUCAAGAACGUCAGCGGACUUCGCGUCGUCGAUGCAUCUAUCUUCCCUUUCGUUCCAACUGGCCAUACUCAGGCUCCUACUUACAUUAUCGCCGAACGAGCGGCAGACAUCAUCAAGGCUGCACACAGAAACUAA